UGAGGAAAAGAGGCCUAAAUGCCCAAUUAGAUCUAAAAAAAACAGCUUCCCUCUCUAUUGCCCAAUUCUUCCAAAUUUUCGUCAUUUUGUGUAAGGUAUGUUGAAGUAGCCAAAUGUCUUACCAAACCCUCAAACCCUACUGCAAGUUUCAGCAAAGCAGGAAAGGCAAAUCCUAAGGAAACGUCAAAAUCAGACAUUUGCAAUGGAUUCUGAUCCUAUGUCUACCAAACCGCAACUCACAGCUGAUUCCGUAUUAAGCCCCCAAGAGCUGCGUGCUUUAAAUACUGAGCUUAAGAGCAUUGUGUGGGUACUUAGAGUAUAUUGCCCAAAUAACAAUAAUCAAAUUGUAGAAAGUUUCUCCACAGCUUUUUCUAUUGACAGAAACGGGUUGAUCAUGACUUCUGCUCAUACAUUCGUAAAACGUCCAUAUAUUAUUACUGCUCGUAGGUUACAUGAUGUUUCUUUUUUGCAUAAAGUUGAGGAGGUUCAUAUAAAACAUACAUGGGAUAUUGCAGUAUUGAGAGUUAAGAAUGUUUCUGAUUGUAAUUUUGGGAGAUUGGCAGUUGAUAGAUCGUUAUUUGUGGGACAAAAACUUUUACACAUCGGGCAUCCGGGUAAUUUAGUGGGUUCUCUCUUUGUUGGAACUGUUGCAUUUCCUUGUAUGGAUGAUGUUGAUGUCCCGCAAGACAAUCAAAUAUGUAGUAAUUACAUUUGCACUGCAUUGGAUAUCACACCCCGAUAUCGCAUUAUGGGCCAUAUAUGGAACGUGGAUGCGUGGAUAAAAGCUAAGCAAAACGAGUAUGAAUUUGAGAGGCAACUUCACCCUCAAACUCCCAUAAUACAAAUCUAUGGUCUUGGAUCUAGAGAGGGUUGUUCAGGUGGUCCGGUUUUUAACAUUAAAGGAGAAAUUGUGGGAAUUAUGUCAAUGGGAUUUUUGGGUUUUGAAAUUGCAAUACACAGUAGUUUAUUACGACAAGUCUUGAGCGAAACAGAAGAGAAGAUGCAAGGGGGAAAUAACAAACAAGGCGGCAAUCAGGCCGGUUGUUCGAAGAGGCAUAAGAAAUAAUUUGGUUAUAGAAGAUGCGAAAUAUGGUAGUUUGGAAUUUGUUAGCUUUUAUAUUUGAAAUAUGAUAGUUUGGAAUUAGUUAGCUUUUAUGUUUGAUUUAAUUUUAAUGUCAAUACACUUUUAUUAGUUAGAAUAUGAGAAUGUAAUCUAUGGUAAAUUGGCACUUGUUUUAGUUUUGAUGUUAAUUUUCUUGUAUUAGUUA